AUGGACACCGGGACACAGAACCUUCCCAUCAUCCACACCCAGCCCUAGAACAACUCUUAGCCCCAAAGCCACACCUGCAAACAGUGCGACUGCAGCCACCACUGCCAGAACUGCAGCUACAGCUGCAGCCGGAGCAGGAGCUCCAGCCACCCUAGCCCACCUGGCCACCAGAGCCAGAGUCCAAGCCCCAGCCCACCACCAAGAUGGCACAGACACACUAUGCAUUCCUACCACUGCCGCACACAAACCACCGCACAUUCCUGCAGCUGCACCAAGAAGAGAAAAAACUUGAAAGGAAAAGUGAACAAGAGGAAGGCGGUCAAGAGGAACCAAUAGGUGUACAAAACUAAGAGGUGA